AUGGGAAACACCGGCAGUUCACAGAAGAUCUCAUCCCAGGAUCGGGCGAUUCUAGACCUUAAGAACCAACGCGAUAAGAUCAAGCAAUACCAAGUCCGCAUUACCGUCCUCACCGAUCGGGAAACCGAGAUCGCGCGGCAAUGUCUCGCCCGCAAUGAUCGACGGCGUGCGCUGCUCGCACUACGGCGUAAAAAAUACCAGGAAACGCUGCUGGAUAAGACCAACAGUCAACUCCUGCAGCUGGAGCAGCUUACUAGCCAAGUGGAGUUUGCACUGGUGCAAAAGGAUGUGAUGUAUGGCUUGCAGCAGGGAACUCAGGUGUUGCAGACGAUCAACAGGGAGAUGGGCGGUAUCGAGGGCGUGGAAAGACUGAUGGGGGAGAAUGAGGAGGCGCGCGCUUAUCAAGAGGAGGUCAGCCGCAUGCUAGAGGGUAAUCUGUCGAACCAGGAUGAGGAGGAAGUCGAGGACGAGCUCGAGGCGCUACGGCUUGAGGUUGCUCCCAAGGUUCCUGAGCAGCCAGUCCUACCCGACGCUCCUGUACAGCAGCCUGUUGCAUCCGAACCUGAGCGUGAGGAGGUUGUUGAAGAAACGCGAACAGCCCUGCCUGCAUGA